AUGGUUCCGCGUCGGCUGGCUCUCCUCGCGCGCCAGGGGCAGGCGGCCUGGGGGCUGCGCGGCGGCGCCUCCCGGAGGCCGAGCAGCAGCGGCGCGCCCCAAGCCACCGGCCCCGGGGACCACCUAAUAUACACGCAGGAGCAUUUCGCCCUGAGAGCGUCGCUGAGAAAGAUUAUUGACAAAGAAAUUAACCCAUUUGUGGAAAAAUGGGAAGAAGAGGGCCAGUUUCCAGCACACCAAGUUUUCAAAUCUUUGGGGAAAGCAGGAUUCCUUGGAGUGAACAAGCCAAUUGAAUAUGGUGGACUGGGAUUGGACUUUUCCUACAGCAUGGCAGUGGCAGAAGAGCUGGGAAAUAUCCGCUGCGGGGGUGUGCCCAUGGCCAUCGGAGUGCAAUCUGACAUGGCUACCCCAGCCCUUGCAAGAUUCGGAUCUGAUGAGCUGAAACAACAGUUUCUUGCCCCAACGAUAGCAGGAGAUGUGGUGGCUUGUUUAGGGGUCAGUGAGCCUGAGGCAGGCUCAGAUGUUGCUGGUAUCAAGACCAAAGCUGUAAGGAAAGGGGAUGAUUAUGUUAUAAACGGUGGCAAAAUGUGGAUUACGUCUGGGUGUCAGGCUGAUUGGAUGUGCCUGUUGGCAAACACAAGUGAUGGACCACCCCACAGAAAUAAAUCUCUUCUGUGUCUGCCAAUGAAGCUACCAGGUGUUCAUGUUGCUAAGAAAAUAGACAAGAUUGGCAUGUGGUCAUCAGACACAGCACAGAUAUUUUUUGAAGACGUCAGAGUUCCCAGUAAAUACCUCAUUGGGGAGGAAGGGAUGGGUUUUACAUACCAGAUGUUGCAAUUCCAAGAGGAGCGCCUGUGGGCUGCCGCCAACGUUCUGGCACCACUUGAAAACGUGAUACAGGAAACUAUUGAUUACACUCGCCAGCGUAAGACAUUCCACCGGCCGAUACUUUAUAACCAAACAGUGCACUUUCGUCUGGCCGAACUAGCAACUGAGUUGGAGCUCCUUCGUUCCUUGGUGUACCGGGCUGUUGCUCUCUACAUUCAGGGCAAUGAUGUGACCAAACUGGCAUCCAUGGCGAAACUAAAGGCAGGACGUCUCGCUCGGGAGCUAACAGAUAGUUGUCUUCAGUUCUGGGGAGGAAUGGGAUUCACCAACGAGGUGCUAGUGAGCAGAUUGUACAGGGACACAAGAUUGUUAUCAAUAGGAGCUGGCGCUGAUGAAGUCAUGCUUUCUAUUAUAUGCAAGUACAUGGAGACUUUACCCAAGGAGCAGCCCCAUAAAUCAUAG